CAUGAUUUCCUCUCUGCCCCUUACAUCUAUAUAUACAAGUAAGAUUAAGUUCAUUGCCAACACCUACCUUCAACAUUCUCAAGCUUGCUUCCCCAAGUUAUCUGAAAUCUUCCCUCUUCUUCCUUUUUCAAAGCAUACGUCUAUCGGAAAACAACAAUGGCUAUCCGCUUGCCUCGUAUCGUUAGCUCUAAGAAAGUUCCCAAGGGCUACCUUGCGGUUUAUGUCGGAGAAAACCAGAAGAGGUUCGUGAUACCGGUGUCGUUCUUGAACCAGCCUUUAUUUCAAGAUUUUCUAGGCAAGUCAGAAGAAGAGUUUGGAUAUAGUCAUCCUACUGGUGGUCUCACAAUUCCUUGCAAUGAAGACAUCUUUCUCGAUGUUACCUCUCGAUUGAACUGACUUGUGAUAGAUUUAACACAAAUCAGUCAAUACAUUUUUGUAAAGCAAACAUCAUUAAUACUAUGUAAACACUUUUUUCCCAUCCUUUUUUGCCUUGUGGAGCAAAUAAUAAGUCUCCCUAAGUGGAAAAUUACAGAUGGUGAUUAAUGUAACUUAGAUUAACCAGCAUGGAAAAUUACAGUUCCAAACACAUAAUUCAUUUGAAAUUUUAUUUCUUUUCACAA